ACUUCCUCCUGACUAUAUAAAGCCGUUCGGAGCCGACAGGAAACCAAGGUGUCCCUGAGAGCAUCAGAGAGAUCGCCAUCAUGUCGUCUGCUUUCCUUCUCCUGGCUUGUGCGCUGGUCAUCUCUGUCCACGCCGACGGCGUCUGCAGAAACAGGCGUCAGUGUAACAAAGAGGUGUGCGGUUCCUCUUAUGACGUGGCCAUCGUGGGGGCGGGGCCAGGGGGAGCUAACUCCGCCUACAUGCUGAGGGAGUCUGGCCUGGACAUCGCUGUGUUUGAGUACUCUGACCGGGUGGGUGGCCGUCUGUUCACCUACCAGCUGCCCAACACACCCGACGUGAACCUGGAGAUUGGCGGCAUGAGGUUCAUCGAGGGCGCCAUGCACAGACUCUGGAAAGUCAUUUCAGAACUCGGACUGACCCCCAAGGUGUUCAAGGAGGGUUUCGGCAAGGAGGGCAGACAGAGGUUCUACCUACGUGGACAGAGCCUGACCAAGAAACAGGUCAAGAGCGGGGACGUACCCUAUGACCUCAGCCCGGAGGAGAAGGCCAACCAGGGACGUCUGGUCGAAUACUACCUGGAGAAACUGACCGGAUUACAGCUCAACGGCGAACCACUCAAACGGGAGGUGGCUCUCAAACUGACCGUACCCGACGGCAGAUUCCUCUAUGAUCUCACGUUUGACGAAGCUCUGGACCUGGUGGCCUCCCCUGAGGGCAAAGAGUUCGCCCGAGACACGCACGUGUUUACCUCAGAGGUCACACUGGACGCGUCGGCUAUCUCUAUCUUCGAUGACCACCUGGGAGAGGACUACUAUGGCAGUGAGAUCUACACCCUGGAGGAAGGAAUGUCUUCUGUACCACAAGGACUGCUACAGACUUUUCUGGACGCCGCUAAAUCCAACGAGUUCUUCCCCAACAACCACCUGAAGGCUCUGAGACGGAGGACCAAUGGUCAGUAUGUCCUGUACUUUGAGCCAACCACGUCCAAGGAUGGACAAACAACCAUCAACUAUCUGGAACCCCUGAAGGUUGUGUGUGCUCAGAGAGUCAUCCUGGCCAUGCCGGUCUACGCUCUCAGACAACUGGACUGGUCACAGCUCAGAAAUGACCGCGCCACCCAAGCGUACAGAGCCGUGCGUCCAAUGCCUGCCAGUAAAGUCUUUAUGACCUUUGACCAGCCCUGGUGGUUGCAGAAUGAGAGGAAAUCUUGGGUCACCAAAUCAGACGCGCUUUUCAGCCAAAUGUAUGACUGGCAGAAGUCCGAGGCUUCCGGAGAUUACAUCCUGAUCGCCAGCUACGCCGACGGCCUCAAAGCCCAGUACCUGCGCGAGCUGAAGGAUCAGGGAGAGGACAUCCCAGGCUCUGACCCCGGCUACAACCAGGUCACCGUACCCCUCAAGGACGCCAUUCUUGAACACCUCACUGAGGCGUACGGCGUGGAGCGAAAGUCGAUCCCAGAACCCGUGACUGCUGCCUCCCAGUUCUGGACAGACUACCCGUUUGGCUGCGGCUGGAUCACCUGGAGGGCCGGUUACCAUUUUGAUGACGUCAUCAGCACCAUGCGUCGCCCAUCACUGAAAGAUGAGGUCUAUGUGGUAGGAUCGGAUUACUCCUGGGGACUUAUCUCCUCCUGGAUAGAGGGCGCUCUGGAGACAUCCGAAAACGUCAUCAACGACUACUUCCUCUAAGUCUACAUCACUACAUGGCCGUCUCCGAUAUAUCGGAUAAUGUUUGUGUAUGUCUUGUUUGUUGCAACUUUAUGAAAUAUAAAUAGGAUCUUUUUAAUGUUAAAGUAUAGAAUCACCGAAUUGUACCACUCGUAGUGCAUGCUUAGACUGUCUAUGCUUGUUUCUGACAUGUUUCUAAUAGUUUUACUUGAAAAUAAACCAGUCAAACAAGUGUGUCUUAAUAUCAGAAUAUUGUGUUUAUGGCUGGUACUUCUUUUUUGUCAAGCGUUGGCUGUUUACAAUUCUCUGUCCAUCUGAUGCUCUGUUCUGUGUUGCUUGUGCUGCUUGGGAGAGAGAAUCCAAAUGCAAUGUUACCGUGCUGUAUGGAAGCAAAAU